AUGUUUGCAUCAUUGUCAGAUGCUAUUUCUUGGCAUGUUGCAGUGCUGCCAAUUUUUGAUAAGCAAGAUGAGUGGAACAUAGGAUAUGCAUGGCUUAACCAGCUAGCAGAGCAUGCAAGCUCACAGUCUGACUGUUUGUUAAAACCAAGCAACCAAAGCAAUAAGUUUUGUGAGGAAGGAGUUGCAGAACGGUCGUCUGUCGCUAUCAGUCAGCUAACGGAAGAGCAGCCAACGUCAACAACCAAUCAGAGUAAUGGAGGAACAGCAACCCGUCCUCAAGAAUCACCAGACUAUUUAUGGAAGAAAUGGAUUCUUCCUCUAUUUUAUGAUUUGGUGCAAAUUCUCCCAGUCGAACCCAUUCUUGAUAAGCUACUGAGUACGAAUCAGGUGACACUAGAGGAAUUUGACAAACUGAAGCAAAUGAGUGGAGACGUCGAAAGAGCACGUUAUCUAUUGAUUAACAUCUUACCUUAUCGAGGCAACGAAGCUUUUCACGAGUUUUGUGAUACUUUGUUGGAAGUUGGUGGUUAUGACCAAAUAUUACAUCUUAUACAACCGGAUAAACAUCCAGAUCCACACAAGAGAGAAACCAAAGAAAUAAUUGCACAGUUAGCACAUGAGGCAAGAUCUCGUCGGCUAGUUGCACCCGAAGAGUUUCCACGAGACAAGGGAAAGCCAGUGCGGAAAGAACUUUUUCCGAUUGAACUGGCAAAGAGAAAUUUUCCUCAUGCGUGUGGUCGGAACACAAUUAUCAUCAAAAUGUCGCGUUACCUUUGGAAAGGAGACCGUGAGACUGCAGUGAAUGUCGAUAUUAAUGAUUGUCGUUUGAUGUGCAUUUGUGCUCAAGGUGGGGCUGGCAAAUCAUGUGUAGCAGCCACCUAUGCAAGGAUUUACAGAAAGGCAUACGAUGGAGGAGUUUUCUUCAUCAGCUCGAGAACAAGCGCAUCUCUACGACACUCAAUUCAAAAAUAUAUCGUUCACCUAAGUUGUGAGAAAGAUGAUGUUGCAAGUCAAUCAUUGGAAGAAAUGAAUGCGCGCUUUUUAGAUCUCGUCAGUCAGCGUGGAGGAAAUGCUUUGUUGAUCUACGACAGCAGUGAUGAUUUAGACGUCAUCAGACGUAUUGUUCCUUCUUGCAACAUGAAAGUUCACGUUAUCAUUACGACGAGAUGCAGAGAUCACGUGCUAAUGCAAGAAGGCAAGGUGAUUGAACUCCCAGAGUUGGAUGAAGACGCAGCCGUCGAGUGUUUCUGCCGUUGGGCUGGUAAAUGCAACGAUGACGUGAAGAUGUCAGAAAAGGAAUACAAGGAGAUCAAAGGUAUAGUGACCGAUGGACAAGUGAAGCUAUUGCCACUUGCCAUUCGACGUGUUGCAACAUUGACGAAGAAAACAGGGGUUACUUACAGGGAGAUGAGAGAGAAACUGGCAUUGAAUAAAGAGGACGUGCGUUAUCCAGUCGAUGAUCUAGAGGACAUAUUACGUGGUUGGGGACUGGAACAUCUACAGCACAAGCUAACGAGUUCGGGUAUUGCACGGAUCGACCAAAUUCUAGAUGCCGACGUCGCCUCACUGGCCAAAUCGUGCGACAUUUGUACGAGUGAUGAAGAGAAGCUGAAGAAUAUGAAGGAAAGACUAAGAGUCGACAGGGAAGCACCGAUGCAAUGGGAUCUCGAUCUAGAAGAAGUGGCAAGAAGGUCCGAAGUUGCAGAGAAAAUUCUCAGUUUUACUUCUCUGAUGGACACGAGCGCCAUUACUACUGAUGUUCUUCGUGCAGCUGUGAUGCGGGACGGAGAGUCGAGGAUCGGAGGAAAUGAGUUUGAAGUCUCUCUAUAUCUUCUGUCCGACGACUUUUCUCUGCUCACAUUGAAUGACGAGGAACGCACGUGUGACAUUCAUGCGCUUGUUCAGCAGUCUGUUGUAAGCCACAUGAAGAGAAGAGACAAAUUCCUACCUUUUCUUAUUUGUUUGACAAAAUGUAUGCAAGACAUGUUACCAAAUUCAUAUAACGCCAUGAGACGCAACCUCAACAACAGCAAGAUGAUUGCAUUGGCUCCACACGUUUACAGCGUUUGUGAUCACAUCUUGAAAUCUAAAUGUAAACAGCAAGAAUGUCUAAAGCUCUUGAAGUUUUCUUGUUGGUUGGCAAAACAUUUGCACGACAGUCCAACAGCCAAGCAUUUAGGUGAAGAGAGAUUGAAAAUUCGUCGUCUACUCGUAACUCGCAGUAUGAACGAUGCAAUUGAAAUGAGCGACAGUCUGAUUGAUGUUGGUGAUGCGUACGAUCUAAUGAGUAGACCUGACAUGGGGAAGCCGUACUUUGAAGAAGCCGUGCAAGUGUUGCAAGCAUUUGGCGACGACAGUUCUCUUCCUAUGCUAUAUGGUGCUGCUCUGGGACGUUUAGCAAAUUGCUACAGGCAAAUAGAAAACUUUGAAGAUGCAGAGCGACUGUUCACUAAACAGCUUAAUUGGACGAGAGAACGAGGAGGAGAUGAUAGAAGCAUUUCAAUUGUGCUAAAUAACCUUGCUCUCACAUAUGAAGAAGGGGGAAAAUACAACGAGGCGAUAAAGACAUUCCAAGAGUCGCUCGAGCUGAAAAGGCGAUGCGAUUACGGGAAUCUAGUGGAAAUGUCUACGACUCUCAUGAAUCUUGGUUACUGCUACAGAGAGAGCGGGAAACUUGAGAAAAGUUUGAGUUUAUUGGAGGAGGCAGUCACAAUCAGCCGAUCAUGCUACUCAUCUUCUCAUCCCUUCUUGGCACUUGCUAUAUAUCACCUUUCCUCUACGUACGAUUUACUUGACAGAAAAGAUGAAGCUUGGAAAUUGGCAAGAGAAGCGUUGGAUAUUGCAAGCAUAUCAUUACCGUCGUCACAUUCUCAAUUGGCCGUGUAUAUGAACCUUUUGGGCAAUUGUUGUCGAUCACGAGGAAACUACAAUGAAGCCAUAUCGUGGCAUGAGAAAGCAAGACAAUUGCUGCAACAACAACAUCAAUCACCUCGACGAGACGAAGUCGUUGCUGCAAAUUUAUAUUACUUGUCUCGCGACCAUGACGAGAAAGGAUGUUAUGAAGAAGCUAUAAAGUUGUGUUUGGAAGCACUAAAAAUAGACCAAGAAAGUCAUUCUCCAAAUCCUCUUCAUAUUGCAAUUGAUACGAUGAGGUUAGGUUCGUAUGAAAUGAAGGCCUCAAGACUUGAAGCGUCUAUAACCCAUUUGCAAUCUUCCUUAUCAUUUUUGCAAGACACACUACCUACUAGUCAUCACAUCGCAGAUUGUCAUUUUUACCUUGCUACGUCGUUUCUUGCUAUGAAAGAAGCGUCCCAAUCCAGUCUACAUGUAGAGAAAUGUCUUGAGAUACGAAAGACGAUAUUUCAAGUUGGUCACAGCAAAAUAGGGGAAGCCGAGCGUCUCAAAGAACGAAUUGAAGGGCUGAAUGAAAAUGCAGGUGACUGACAUGAUAUUCUUACUUUGCUGAUUAUAAUUAUGUGUUACGGUUUGCUUGUGCAUGUUCUUAUUAAAAUCGAUGGGAUUGGUUUGCAUGUCGCACAAAGUCUCUAGGUAUGGAUAAGAUUGCAUGGAGCUUGCACCUUGACA